UUUUAACGUAAGGGUUCAGGUUUGAGUGGGUAGUUGAUUGAAGAAGCUUUUCUACUGUAAAAUCCUUCGUUUUUUGGGUCAUCUAUAAAAGAGGAAAAUGUGAGACUUUUCAUGUCAAUGACUGAAUAAAGGAUGCAUCUCGUAGUCAAGUGGUGUAUGGGGUGGCAGUUUUUGUGGGCUGUGUUGGGUGUGGUUCAUGGAGCUCCUGUCAGCGCUGACAGUGAUUCAGAACAAGUCGAUGGAGGAAAUGGUGGUGUAAAUUUAGGUCCAGGAGCAGCGCUCGUUUUCCUCCGAAAGUUUGGCUACUUGGAACCUUUGGGUACUAAUGAGUCCGAAACGCUCUACUCCGAAGACCGUGUGACAGACGCGAUCCGUAAUAUGCAACGGUUUGGGGCCGUCCCAAUUACAGGAAAGUUAGAUCCAGAAACAAUUAAGUUGUUGACGAAGAAGAGAUGCGGAGUGCCUGACAUAAUUUCUCCCGAAAGCUCAGAGUUACGACGAAGGAAACGCUUUGUUCUAGGUUCCAAUGGGUGGAACAAGCGAAAAUUGAGUUACAGACUUGAAAACUGGGCCCCACAGCUUCGUCAGGAAGAUGUGUAUGCUGACUUGGAGAAAGUCAUGCGAAUUUGGGGUGACUAUGCUCGUCUCACAUUUAUCAAUAAGACCGACCCCAUCCAUGACCAGGUCGAUAUUGUCAUUUCUUUUGGAAGCGGAUAUCACGGUGAUAGAUUUCCAUUUGAUGGCGAAGGUGGCACCCUGGCUCAUGCCUUCUUCCCCCAAAAUUCACCCGGAUUGAGUGGGGACAUCCACUUUGACCUGGACGAGAACUGGUAUCACCAUGAACGAGUGGGGAAAGUGCCGAAAAAUAAACGGGGCGUGGUCUCAUUUAGAGAUGUCGCCCUACACGAGCUCGGCCACAGCCUUGGUCUCGCUCACUCGGCGGCACAGGACUCGGUCAUGUUUCCCUACUAUCAGGCACCCAGUGAUGGUGACCCCGUUUUGGGGCAGGACGAUAUCUUGGCACUUUAUCAUCUUUAUGUAACGAGGAGUAUUCCGGAUGGAGACGACGAGGAUGUUUCAACGCCACGAUCGCCAAUUACAACAAAAAGGACGUGGACAACUACAACAACCACAAAUGAACCUUCAACAAGUACCACUACGUCGCCCAAGCCAACCAAUACUUAUACAACAAAACGUGGAGACUCUAAUCAAGACCUUUGCCAGGGGGAUUAUGACUCGAUCGCAUUUAUCAGGAAUGAACUAUUCGUCUUUAGAGGAGAGUACAUGUGGAGAUGGACGGACAAGGGACAAUUGGCAGGAGGUGCAUAUCCGGCCCAUACAGCUCGACUAUUCCCCAGUCUUGACGGUGUCAAAAAGGUGGAUGCCGCAUUCGAACGGGAAUCUGAUGGGGCUAUCAUUUUCAUUUCUGGAGGAAACUACUGGGUGUUUGACAGUUCCAACCAAAGGAUAAGUAGCGACGGACCUCGACCACUUUCAGAUUUUGGACUACCACACGACGGCGUGGAUGCGGCCUUUGUGUGGGGCAAAAAUCACAAAACUUACUUUUUCAAGGGCGAUAGAUACUGGAAAUUUAAUGAAACUCUGGGGUCCGUAAAGGGCGAUUCCAACUACCCAGCCAGUAUUUCGGACCGAUGGCGUGGUAUCCCUUCGCGCAUCACUUCUGUGAUAACAUACAAGGAUGGAAAAACUUAUUUCUUUAAAGGACAAGAGUUUUGGAGAUUUUCAGACGCUGAUGUCCAUACUGAAGAAGAUAUUCCAAAGAACACGGGGCGAUUCUGGUUCAACUGUUCAUAGCUGAAGUGAAGAAAUAAUUAUUAUUAGAUAUUCAGCUUAUAUUUGUCUAAGGAAGUUUUAAGUAUUUUUUUGUUAAAAUAACCUAAAAAUGUGUGAAAACCUGGCCUAUCCUUAGAAUAUUUAAUAAUAAGAUUAUUAAAUACUCUAAGGGUCUAUCACUUUGAUCUUAGCCAAAAUGCCGAGAGGCGAUUUUCUGUAUUGUUUUAAAUAUGUAUUUAGAUUUUUUUUUACAUAAUUUUAGCCAGAUUAAACAAUAAGAUUAAUUAGUUAGCCGUCGAAUCGAUGGAAAACCAAUUUGUAUUAUUUGGAGCUGACCUACAAUGUUCAUUCAAUAAAAUUGUUUCUUGUGCUUUUGUCAAAA